GCUCGCGUCAGGGCGCUGCAGCACCGCUUCUCCCCCCCGCCGGCGUACGGCGCGAGGGUGACGCACGUCCGCACGUCGCCGGCCGUGGGGCUCCUCCCCGCUGGCGACACCCAGCGCCGGGUGCGGGGAGGGGGCGGCUGCGGGGCCCGGCCGGCGCGGCGGGGCCGCUGGCGGGGGUAUAUGGCGGCGGUUCUGUCCGCCCUGGCUGCCAGGCUCUCCCAGUCGGCCGCGGCCAGGUCCUACGGGGUGUUCUGCAAGGGGCUGACCCGGACUCUCCUCAUCUUCUUCGACCUGGCCUGGAAGCUCCGCAUCAACUUCCCCUACCUCUAUAUCGUCGCCUCCAUGAUGCUCAACGUGCGGCUGCAGAAGCAGGCUAUGGACUAUCCCAACAAACAUCUGUUCUGGCCAAAGAUUGGACACUUUCUUUCUCCUCAUAAACAUUGCUGUAAUGAAAGGUUUGACAUCUGGCUAGUGGCCAAGUGCUGAAAGACAAGUCUGUUUGCAGUUUGUGACUUGUAAAAGGUCCAUAUUGAGAUCCACUGACCUGUGACUUGGUGUGCUGCUUGCACUGUAUGCUGCAACUAGAAUCGAUCACACUCUUCAAAUUCAGCCUGUUGUGAAAGAGUAAAGCUAUGCUUGUCUUCUCUAGGACUAUGAAGAAAGAUUUAAACCAGAAACAAGUAUGUGGCAGUGGCCCAGAUCAUCACAAGGCAGCAGCUCACCUGAUGCACAUUCAUUCUAUGUUGAACAAUUCUCAAAAUCAUAGUAGCAGUUUACAAGAAUUAUUUUAUUUUAACACCAGGAAUUGUUCUCUGUUUAAUACUAUACCUCUGUCUUUUCUUGGCAAGGAAAUGCCUCUGAGUUUGAGUGAAUCAGCUGGGAGGAACUCAAGUGCAGCUGCUCCUUGGAAGGAUUCAUUUCAUCUGCAUCUUUCUUCUGGGAAAGACAGCCUUGAUACGGUUUCUCACUGCAUUAAUAGUAUUUCAGCAAUGGGCUGGCUGGAGAAAGCUUGCAGUUUUCCUGGAGACUUUAGCUCAUGCAGUUCAGGAGACAACUUUGCGUUUUUUGCACACUUCUGGCUGGGAAAUUUGCAGUAUAAUAAAACCCUGCAGUUUCUGGAAUUAGAAAUGAGCAGUAGCAAAGAGAAUGAAAUGCAGCUUGCAUUUCUUAAAGAGACAGAGCUUGGUGGACUUCCUGAUCUCUGUUCUACUCCAGCUGCCUCACUGAACAAAUAUGCUAUGGGACUCUUAAACAAUCAGAAACCAUGUUUUUUGAUUUGUUGCUUAAACCUUGUAUCUUCUGAGCAAACACCUGGAUACAAUCAAAUGCUUUCAAAUAUACAAUUUGUGACUAAUAUUUUUCACAUCAUACAGCUAGUAACUUCUGUGCUAGCUUUUGCACUAGCAGGUCUCUGGUAUACAGCAGUGAAGGUAAAAAAGUACUAAGAUUUUAGUAAUUAUUUUUAACAUUAAUAUAAACUUAAAUAACAGAGACAAGGUUACAGUACAGGUUUUAGUGAAGUAGACAGCUAAAGUAAAAAUUAUUCUUGUGUAAUUGCUAGUAAAACUGGCUGCUGGAAGGAUAGGGACUUUCUUGGGAAGGAGUAUCUACAUCUGAGUGGAAAGAAUUUAUAAUCUCAAAAAUCUUUGGAACUUCUGCAGGUCUGCCAUUAACACUAGACUAGAACCCAAUUUGAUUGCUUAGCAUAGAUCCUUUGUUUUCUUUAGUGUAUGUAUUAGUGGAGUGUUCUGGCUAUGAUUUACAACCAUUUCCAAUGAAAUGGUUUCUUGCAGAAUUGAAUUCCUGCUCUGAAUCCAACAGUAUUUAAUGUAUUGGUCCUUAACACACUUUGAACUGGAAAGCUGUUGGAAAGGUGGUCUUCAAUACCGCAUAAUUCUCAGCACUGUUCUUUUCAAGGAUAGUCCUGCUCUAAUUUAAACAGUAUCUCAUGAGUUUUAUUGCACUACAAUAGACACUAUAAACAAUUUUCUAAAAGAAUGUUUUCUUUCCUUGAAAAAGUGAUUGUCAUCACUGAAGCACAGUAAUUAUUUCUGGGCCUGUUGACUUUGGCUUUGGGACAGACUUCUGACAACAGGGUUUGGCAAAGACUGGAGCAAGAAUGUUGGAAUCAACAGAGAUGCUUGUGAAUAAGAAUUUUCAGGAAUAAGCUCCUGUGGGCACUUAGAUGGAGAAACUCAUUGUGCAGUAGGUUAAAAUUUGCACUCAGUGUCCAAAAUUCUCAACAAGGGAGUUGGUGUAUGUGAGCUUAAUGUGUUCCAGGGGCUUACCUAAAGAAGGAGGUGUUGAUAUAGUGAGUUAGGAUGCAUUUUCAGCUCAUCUUUCACCUUGAGUUAAAAGUGCAGACUUAAUGCAGAGUAAAGUCAUGCCAGUGAUUCACACACCAAGUAUCCUUUUUGCUAGCUAGGUUACUUCAUUUUGGAAAGAGAAGAAGAGAUGUUGCAUUUAGUUUGAACUGAAUUCACCUGGGAAGCCACUACUUUCUAAUGCGGUGUGUAUUUGGGUAUUAGCACACUUGUAUAGAGAAGACCUUGAUUAUGAAGAUGAGAUGCCAGUUAUCAGUUUUAUGGGGAGAAAUGCUGAAAUUUUAAACCUUAUUUGAGUGCUGAAAGCAAGAUACACUACUUCUUGUUAAAUGAUAUGCUGUGUUUUUAUUACCCCAUUGGUUGUCUAUUUCUUCUGGAUGUUAGAAGAGGUAAAAAGCCACUUUAAUUUAGAAAGUAUCUUUUUCCCUGGUGUGUACUUCUAUUAACUGCUUAACUUCUAGACUUUUGGCCACAUGAUUACCUGUCACAGAACUACUCAAACCCUCAAAAUAAUAAGGGAUUAUAUAUUGUAAGUAAUUAUUUUGACACCAAGUUUCUUCUUAUUCAAGGCAUUCAGCUAUUCACGCCCAUCUCCACUGCUGCAAUUUAUCACCCUUGCAGUGGUAUUAACAUGAGAUUAAUGCUAGGUUGCUGAAGUGAUGUGGAUCUGAAACCCCAAACCACCAGAAACAAAUAUACUUCUCCAGAAAUCUGUGGCUUAUUUGAAUUAUGGUGUUAAGCUGUUGUCUGCAUACAGCUUGACCCAAAACAGGCACUUGGCAGAGCGGAGGGUAGAGGAAUGAAGGUGGGGAGAGGUUAGAGCCAGUUUAAGCUGGCAUGAUUGCUAAAGAAAACAUUGUGUAACUGCAUCUUCCAUGGUAACAGGUAAAUAAAUACUCUUUUCCUGUAUGGUGAGCUUUUUUUUUUUUAAGUUGCACAUAAACACAGUCCUGCUUCCAUAACCGAGUCCUUGAAGUUCCUAUAUAAAGAUGUGAUUGGCACAAUUGUACCUGUAGUUGUUACUUGAGACCUUGUCUGUUCAGCUGAAUGGUUUGGCCUGGAAGAUUCUCUACUCUGCUGAACAUCAUUUGGAAAACAUAGUCAUAUACAACAGCAACUUGUAGGUGAUAUUGUCAUGUUAAUAGGCAAGAGGAUUAGCUAAAGGCAUAAAAGCAUUAAUCCAGCUUUUAACACCUACUAAUUGUGGUGAUUUUAAAGAGGGGGGAAGAGGAGGAAAAACAAAAUAUGAGAGAAACCAUCUGUAAAUUAGAAUUUUAAUGUGUGUACAGUGGUGUGCUAAGGGUUGUCUCUAUCCAUGACAAGCCUAUGCAGGAGGGUAUCUUGGAAUGCUGAAUCACAUUAUGUAUCACAGUCCAGCUAAUACAGUCCUGUUUUAAGUAAGAUUUCUUUUGAGUGAGUGGCCUUUAAUCACUUAUUACAGGAUCACUUUAAAUACAGAUACAAUACAGCUAAGCAAAAUGAUGGAUUUGUAUAUUCUAUGUCUAUUGAACAUAAAAUUUAUUAAAUGCAUGGAUUUAAUCCAUUUUAAGAUAGUUUAUGUACUUUGCCUUGGAUUUUAUUGCUUAAAACCUAAAAGGUAGCUUUCUAACUUGAACAUUCCUUCUGAAAUUCAAAUAAAGGAGUUUGGUAUGUUAAAAUGUCACGUGAUGUACUGCACUUUAAGGUUGGGGAGGCUGUAAAUUGAAAGUACUGUUAUUUCACUAAUAGAACUGUUUGACUGGCAGCGACAACGCUCAAAUGGCUUUUACUGUCUGGAAGGAGAAUAGUGAACCAGAAGGAUGGCAAUCCUUUGAAACUAUGUGUCAAUCAAACACUAUAUGGUUUAGGCCACUGUUCUCUUCCUACAAAUGUUUUGAUAUUAACUCAUCUCAAAGAUGGAAGAUUGUCUCAGCUAGGAACCAGUUUUUAUGGAGUUUCGUGGCUUCAGUAAGUCAGAUGUGGAAACCUUUUCUGACUAAAUAUGCUGUUAGGGCUGAGACUUGGAUAAUUGUUAUAGUAAAGAAGAAUAACAUUUUUAGUAGGGGUAAGGGACCUUUACACUGAACCAAGAGAUGCCUUCUUAUUUCCAGUUCCUCUCUCAUCUUGGUCUUCUGUUGGUGUUGGAAAGAGGUAUUUCUAAGCAAAAUGUCAGGGUUCCAAUAAACAACUCAUGCUUUCUAAAGUUUCAACAAUCAGUGUCCAGAUCCUUCCUGCAUUACAUAGCAAAGAGUUCUAUUUUUGCCAUUAGAAAACACGUUAAGUAAGAAAAUAUUCAAUAUUUAGAGAAUUGCCUAGUAGUUUCCCAUAAAUGUACACUUGAGUGGAAAUUUCCUAUAUAGUGUACUGCUUUGAAAAAGAAAAUUUACUUUUAAAUCUGUGUACACAGAGCUCUGCAUGUAGAUAAAAAGUGUUUUAUCACAGUAUGAUGUUGGAAUGCUUAUGCAAAUGCUUAUUUACUUUCUGACAUUACAGUGCAUAAUGCAGUAGAGAUGUGUUGUACUUCUCAGUGUGAUAUUAGCUAGUGCAAUCUUAAAACUGUCUCGUGGUGCAUGACAAUGCACACGAUUUCUAUCUGUAGACCUUAUUUAGCCUUUUGCUUUUCCAGUGUUGUGUUGGUUGCUUUUUUUUUUUUUGGGGGGGGGGGGGUUUGGUGUUUUGUUGUGUUUUUUUUGUUUGUUUAGGACUGUAAAGACUGCACUUUCUUAAACUCUGCCAAAGUUUGCUUUCUUUCUCCUUUUUUCUUCCCUUGCCCCUCCUAACAGGUAUACACACUUAACUUUUGGAAGAAGCAAGCCUGUGUGUACUUUCCUAAUAUAUCAUCUUAUUGUACAGUUGUUCCUUUUGUUAUGUGGCCUGGUCUUACCUAUAUUUCUCCCUCUCUUCCCUCCCCAUCAUUUCGCAGCAUAAGCAUAUGCUGAUAUUCUGUUCCGUCUCAGAAACGCUCCCCUUAAUUAAUUAUGCAUAACGAAUUGACAGAAACCACGUAGAGAUGUAAGCAUCCAUAGUCUGUCACUAGGGUGUAUGACAACUGGUAUAUCUGACAGAGCAAUAGGCAGUCAAUGUGACAUUUCUACUUUUUCCCUUCAAAACAGCUGCUUUGAUUAAAAUUAAUAUUUAAUUUGAACUGUAGUAUCUCUGUCGGCUGAGAAUUGCGUCUAGAAUUUGUAUCAAACACAUUGAGGUCAAAACUUAAAUAGUUACACUAGCUUCAAUACUCUUCCGGUUUUUAAGUUAUUAGUAGAACUUUCUGAAAAAUUCACAUGAAUGUACUCUUAGUAUUUUGAAACCUAUUUUUUCUAAGAGUGUAGAGAAUAAAAUGUGUUCUGACACUUGUUUCUGUGAUGUCAAUAACUGGGGAAAAAACCCCCACUUUUUAGGAUUUUUUAAAAAAAUAUUUGUAAUGAAUUCCCUUUCAAUAUCUCAGACUACAAAGCCUCUAAUCCUAAAGGAAGAGCUGCAGUUGGUAGGACUUUCAAAUAAACAACUUGUUGCCUAUGAAAAUACUAUUAUUUAUGAUCAGCUCACAUACUUAAAUAUAAGGACACAGAUAUCAAUCUGCUGAUGGUGUGAAAACUAGAAUAAUAUAGAAGUGCUAGAAUAAUGGUAUCCUUUACCACCCUACACUACGUAAAUCCUACUGGUGUGUACUUUGAAAUUAAUCCUGUAUUGCUUCAAAAAAUCUCAAUUAUCUUAGUCUUUUUGGAAUUGAUGAUACAAGAUUCAGAACAAGUAGGUGGUUAUUCCAUUGUUAAUGAACUACAUUUAAAAGCAUUUUAGAAAAUGGCCUGAGGUACUUCCAGAAAGAAAAUCUGCCUUGAAAAGAUCCAGUUUAUUACUGUGAUCUCAAUAUGUUUAUAGUCUGUUUUGCAACUCUCGUUUCUUCUUUUUGUGGAAGAUCUGUAUAAACCUGAUAGCAAAAAUGGUUAAAAUACAAAAGUAUCAGUGUUCUUUUAUCUUCUGUUUGUAGUCAGUUUUAUCUAUUAUCAGAAAUAAAAAUACGUAGAUGUAAUUUAAGCUUCUGUUCUUCAAAGUAAGUAAAACUAAUGCUUAGGGCCUGACUCAUCGCUUGAAGUUGAGUGUUCUAUGAACUUUCUUAAAAAUAGGGUCUGCUACCUGCCAGUGACUAACACUAACUUUAAUUGCCGAUACUUAAUACUUCUUGUAAACUGUGAUGUUUUCCAUGCAGAACAAUUUUAAGUCUGUGGUCCUGGUAUUUGGCCCUAAUUUUUUUUUUUAUUGCAAUCUGGGAGAUGGAAAAGGUUGGCACAAACCAUUUUUGUUUGUUCCAGAGAAAGAUGUUUACAACUUUGUAUGUAUUUUAGAAAUUUAUUGUAACACUUUUUAACUUGAGAGGAGUUUCCAUAGUAAACUUGAAACCUGUUGUCCUAAAGAGGUGAAUACAGACUAUUGAAUAAUAUAGAGUGUUAUCUAAGCUUCCAGAAGCUGUUGAUUGUAAUGCUGCUCGCUUAUACCACAGGAGGGAGUUAAACAUCAGUCUUCUAAUUAUUUUCAGUUACGGCAUAGUUUUUUUUCUCAGUACAGUGCAUUUCAGUUUAUAAAUAUGCUGACUUUGACUAGUCUUAUGGAUUGUCACUGCAAAUACGUUAAUGUACAAAAUCAAUACAGAGCAGUAAUGUAUUGUAACUGUUUACAAUUGAAUUCUGAGUACCAGUUGAUGGGUUUUAUCAAGCUAUUUAAAAACAAAUAAAAAUAUUUUAAAAAAUAA